GCGUGAGUAUAUAUGCAUAAAAAGCGUACGCCGCGAUGAUGUUGACAUUUAAUUUAUCACUGUAAAUGCUGCGGAUGUACAUUUAAGAAGGUUUGGCGAGUAAUGUCAGUAACCUUAUCGUAAUCGAUGUGACGUCGCGUUACCGUGCUUCGUGGACGAAAUUUACGAGCAUUCCAUCAAUCCAUAAUUAUGCGAUCUUUGUUGAUUGAUCUUGACGCACUAGGGCUUUGGCUCGAUGAACAACGCGCCAUAUUGGUCUGAAGGAGUAUCACCAAAGGCGGUGGAACCCUUGUGGCGAGUGUGUCGUUUUUAUAUAGCGAAUGAACUUGAUGUGAUACGUUCCGACGAUGGAAGAAACGAAGAUUAUCUAUCACAUGGAUGAUGAAGAAACACCGUACCUGGUGAAGCUUAAUAUAUCACCAGAGAGAGUGACUCUGGCUGAUUUUAAAAAUGUUUUAAAUCGGCCGAAUUACAAGUAUUUCUUCAAGUCAAUGGACGAUGACUUCGGUGUGGUAAAAGAAGAAAUUAUAGAUGAUGAUGCCCAUUUGCCAUGCUUCAAUGGUCGAGUUGUCUCUUGGUUGGUAUCUGCAGAAGGUAGCAAUGUCUCAGAUGGUGCCUCUCAGUGUACAGACUCUAUGGCACAUAGCGAAGUAAAACAUGAUCGAGUAGAUCAUGUAACUCCUGGACAUGGUACCAGAGCGAAUGCUGCACUUUCACAUGAUGACACAUUGACAGAGACAGAAAGCAUUAUAAGCAGUCGACAAGGACAUCACUUACAUAAAAGCUCAAGGCACCAUUCAGAAAAAUAUGAAAAGUAUAAUAAAUAUAAUGGACUGCGCAUAAAUGGCCAUUCAAAACAUCGCUCUGGUCAUGGAUAUGAAACUGCUUCCAUUUUAAGCUCGGAUUUAGAAACGACCACAUUUUUGGAAUCUGACGACGACGCAAGCAGCCGUAUUACAUCAACGACAGGCCGGCAUACCAAUAUGAGUAGCACAGUCGAUAGAGGCACUAUGGAUCGACGUCGUCCGCAAAGAAGACGACGGCACAGAUUACCUCCUAUGUCUCGAACGUCGUCGUUUAGUAGUAUUACUGACAGUACAAUGUCUUUAAAUAUUAUAACUGUUUCAUUGAACAUGGACACUGUUAAUUUCCUUGGUAUUAGUAUUGUUGGUCAAAGUAACAAAGGUGGAGAUGGAGGAAUAUAUGUUGGUUCAAUAAUGAAAGGGGGAGCAGUUGCUUUGGAUGGCCGAAUAGAACCUGGUGAUAUGAUUCUUCAAGUCAAUGACAUUAAUUUUGAAAAUAUGUCUAACGACGAAGCGGUGAGAGUAUUACGAGAAGUAGUGCAAAAACCAGGACCAAUAAAACUUGUAGUUGCGAAAUGUUGGGACCCGAAUCCAAAAGGCUAUUUUACAAUACCUCGUACAGAGCCAGUGCGUCCUAUAGAUCCUGGUGCGUGGGUAGCGCACACAGCUGCUAUACGAGGCGAAGGUUUCCCGCCUCGUCCACCAAGUGCCACAACGUUAACUUCAACAUCGAGCAGCCUUGCAAGCACACUGCCAGAUACUGAACGCCCUUUGGAAGAACUUCAUUUGACCGUUAACACAGACAUGCCAACAGUGGUACGAGCAAUGGCUCGGUCUGACUCAGGUUUAGAAAUACGCGAUCGAAUGUGGCUUAAAAUUACCAUUCCGAAUGCAUUUAUUGGUGCGGAUGUUGUUGAUUGGCUGAAUACGCAUGUAGAAGGAUUUAUCGAUCGACGUGAUGCCAGGAAAUAUGCGUCGCUCAUGCUAAAAGCUGGUUUCAUUCGGCAUACAGUAAACAAAAUAACAUUUUCCGAGCAAUGUUAUUAUAUAUUUGGUGAUCUAUGUUCAGCCAUGAAUAGCAUGAAACUAGAUUGUGAUACAGUUGGUCCCUUGCCGCCGCCAAACGCUUGGGAUAUGCCUUACUCGGGAACAUAUGCACCACAUUCAGCAACAGGGUAUAGUCCCAUGCCAUUUAAUUUUACGAACGAGCCCACCGUCUACGGAUACCAUCGUGAAGAGAGCAUACAUAGUGGUUCUGGUGGUAGCAGUGCAGGUAGUGAACGCAUUUGCAAGGAACCCAUUCACGAUCUGAAAUCGUGUUCUUCGGCGUCAGAAUCAGAGUUGCAUAAUCCAUCGAUGCCAUCUAUGCCAUCUAUGCCAAAUAAAAAUUCCGGCAACGGUAACGGAUCGAACGGCAAAAGGUCUAAUGGCAGCCGCAGUCGUUCCAGUGGUUCCGAACAAUCUGUUCAGACGGGAACGGGAUCAGGGAAUCAGCAGAAUCCGCAAGACUUAUCUGGACGGCGUAUGCACGAAGAAAGUCACACACAAACUAGUGAUUUGGACAACAAUAGCAGAGACGAUAUCUAUGAGGAAGACAUUUUGGAGUACCAGUUUCUACAUAAGUGAGAAUCUUGUUAACGUAUACAUAAUGAUGAUAAUAUGAGUCAAACAAGUGGUCAAGAUAUAUUUCCACUGACUUAUUAGUUGGAUGGAAGUAGCACACGUGAAACAUAUAUUUAUAUAUUUAAUAGGCCAGUUUUGAUAAAAUAUCAUAGAAAGUAAAAAAUUAAAAAUUUCAUAAUUAUGAUUUAUAAUGGCUAUACAAAAUAAAAUUAAGACCAUAAAAGGUCAUUGUGAUGAUUAAAGUUUAUUUAAGAAUGUUAGCACAACCUACAUUAUUUUCCAAUUGUGUUGAAGUAACGCGCGUUUACAUUCUUUUUUAAGAAAAACAAUAAGAUAAUAAAAUAGCAAUUAAACAAGACUUUAUACACGGUAUUGAGAAUAGAGGUAAACAAACAAGUAAAAAAUGUAAAUUAUAUUUAAGGUA